AUGCCGGUGUUCUACAACGACAAGGAGGUCAAGAGUUCUUUGAUAGUCCUGAACUGUUCAGGUCCGAGCCUCUGCGGACGAGAUUUGAUAGCCAAGUUCAGCGAUGCAGGAUCCUCGGUACUCAACGUAUCAGUGCAACAAGGUCCUGGUCCAGGAAGCAGCCGUACCCCAGCCAUGGAUGCUGUCCUGUCAGAGUUCCAAGACGUCUUCAGCACCGAGCUGGGUCUAAUCGACGGGCACCCUGUCCAUUUGAAGCUCAAGGAAGGAGCCACGCCGAAGUUUUACCACCAGCCGCUCCUGGGCCUGCUAAAGGCGGACCGACCAACUCCUGCAUUGGCAGCCGCUAGAAUACAGCGCUGGGCACUGUACCUGGGCGGAUUCCGCUAUCAGCUUCAAUACUGUCCUGGGCCAGCCAACGAACCAGACGAUUGGCAACUGUCAUCACCUGAAGCUGACGUGUACGCCCGCAACUUCGGAACGGGAGAGAAAUGGACGCCAGGAAUUGUACAGUCCAAAAUAGGUUCUCGGAUGGUUGCCAUACGAACGCCGGCCGGAUCAGUACGACGACAUGUUGACCAGGUGCGGAAGCGGGAAAAUUCGCCGCCACCGCUUGGUACAGAUCAAGAAGCGGUACAUCAAGCAUCAAGAACAGGUACUCUUAGUGACUACCCACAAUCGCCGAGACCGUCAGCUGAACAAGGGGGCAUACCCGAACCAGAGCAUGAAAUCCAACCGGAACUCGCAGCGAGCAACGCUGCCACAGAUGAACCCGACAGCCCACCCCAAGCUUUGCGGCGCUCUACACGUCAAAGAAAACCAGUACAGCGACUCCAGUAUUAAGGGAAGAGAGAUGUUGUAAAGUGACGUCAGUCACAAUCAAACUGCCUCGCAAGCGCUGGCGGCGCGUGCGGUUU